AUGGAGAAGAAUUUCAUGAUACUUAAAUAUAAAUAUAGUCAUGUUGUAGGGGAAAAAACAUUCAACUUACUCAAUCCUUUAAAACAUUGCUAUGAUUGGUUGAAACAUUGGGCGUGCGCAACAUUGAACAUCUAUUUCGGUUGCGUAUGUAUGAUUUUCAGCAACGAUACAUCAAGAUGUAGUAGUAAAUCCUUUGAUUGUGUUUUAAAACUGUCACAAAUUAUUAGGCAUCUUCACACAAGAAUUUUAAUUGUUUUUACACGGUGCCCUGGUUUCCGAAUAAAAGCGAAAUCAAAAUGUCAUAUGUUCUUCUGGGAAAUUACGGCGUCUGGUGAUGCUGAUCAUUUAUCAUUUGCGGCAAAUGAAAAUGCUUUAUUAUUAAAAGGCCGUUAA